CUCCAGCCUGAAUCAAAUUCGUUACUCUGGUACAGGCAAUGUCCAACUUGAUCGAAAAUUAGAAAGUGUACCCAGCACGGAGGACUGGACCUUGACAUUGUCAUGAAGAAACGAUGCCUGGUUGAAGGUCAAGCAUUAUGCCCCACUUUGGCCUAACCGCGCUUCCGAUCAACCUCACCAACCCUCAAACCCCCGUCAGCCAUUAUUCUUUCGUGCCGUGCUUCUCUCUUGCACUCGUUGACAUCCGGCAUACCAAAGGUACGCCCAUAAUCAAUGAUGGACGGUCGACAUGGAAGGGAUGUGGAACAGAUUCGCUCAUCAAUCUCACAUUUCUACCAGAGCAAGACUCCAUUCCGUGUCUAUCAUGGCUCGACCAACAGCACACGCCAUGCCAACUUCCAACGCGACGCUAUUGUCGACGUUAGCAGCCUGAACCAUGUUCUUCAUAUCGACGUAGAAAGGAAAACUGCUCUCGUAGAGCCAAAUGUUCCGAUGGAUGAACUCGUCCAAGCGACUAAGAGAGUCGGUCUUCUCCCACCUGUUGUGAUGGAAUUCCCGGGUAUCACGGUUGGGGGCGGUUUCGUUGGAACAGCGGGCGAAAGCAGCAGUUUCAAGCAUGGAUUCUUCGACCGAACUAUACUAUCCGCCGAAGUCAUACUUGCUGAUGGUCGACUCGUCACCGCUUCAGAAACUUCCAAUCGGGACCUCUUCCAUGGACUGCGUGGAAGCUUUGGAACACUUGGCAUCCUCACCCUCGUCGAACUUCGACUGAUUGAUUUGAAGAAAUAUGUCCAGGUCACCUAUCAUCCAACUAAUAGCUUCGAUUCUGCACUGGGAAAACUUCGGGAAGAAACCAAGCAAGCCGGAAACGAGUUUGUUGACGGCAUUCUAUUCUCACGCACAGCAGGUGUCAUCAUCUCUGGCGUUCUCACCAACUCUCCUUCGCAUCAAUAUACGGUCCAGCGGUUCUCUCGCCCUUGGGAUCCUUGGUUCUAUCUGCACGCUGAACAUAUUGCAAACCAAAACGCCACGCACAUCGAGCUUGUUCCCAUCGAGGAUUACCUCUUUCGCUGCGACCGCGGUGCUUUUUGGAUGGGACGUUACGCAUUCAAAUUCUUCAUGAUGCCCUGGAAUUGGUUUUUCCGCCUGAUACUGGACUACUUCAUGCAUACACGCAUCAUGUAUCACGCCAUGCAUGCUUCCGGCCAUACGGAUAAGUACAUCAUACAAGAUAUCGCUAUCCCCUCCGAGAACACACUCGAAUUCAUCGAAUUCGUGGAUAGCCAGUUUGGAAUCUACCCUCUGUGGCUGUGCCCAUUGAGGAAUGAUGCCAGAUCGUCGAUGGGUCAUCCUAAGGUCUAUUACAGCAAGUUCGAUAAGUCAGAGUAUCAAGGAGAUUACGUAAACGUAGGUGUGUGGGCCUUCAGGCCACUUUCGGAAGCAGCAUACGUCAAAGCAAAUCGCGACCUUGAAGGCAAGGUAGGCGAACUCGGUGGGCUAAAAUGGCUGUAUGCACGUAUUUUCUUCACGGAAGAUGAGUUCUGGAAGAUCUACGACGAGAGGAGCUACACCGAAUUGCGAAGGACCUGGAACGCAAUGUCGCUGCCCAGCAUCUGGGAGAAGAUGCGCGAGCGGCCAAGGAUGCAGCGCAAGGAGCACCAAAGUGGCUUGAGGGGGCAUGUCAAAGGCUUCGUCAUGCGUAAUGGAUUUCUGAGCGGAGUGUAUGGAGUAUAUAAAGCCUUACGGGGCGGUGAUUACAUGUUGGCGAAGAAGAAUUAGCGAUGAACGAUUGGCGGAUGAGUUUCCCUCACGCUGGAAUUCAGAUCAUGAUGCAAUGCCAAAUUAGACGGAUUGAGAAUAGGGUAUGCAGGAAUAACAGGUCUGUUACAUGAUAAAUACUGUAGAUGUAGGAAUAUGUUCUUUACCAAGAUGGGUAAACUUUUGUAAACUCUCAGGCCAGAGGUCAAUUCAACAGGGUCAACUUCCAACUACGGGCCGUCUGGCAAGAGACUUACAGUCCUCGUGACAGUCUCCGUCUUAGUUGUCCUGAUGCUCGUAGUAACUGUAGUUGUUCUAGUUGUACCUGCCGGUGCCGACGUAAUGAGACACGAACAGGCGGACGAGAUUCCGCCGGCACCACCCGGAAGGCUGAGAGAGAUGUUGACCUGGCGCUUCCUGACAGGGAGCUCCUGGGGGCAUGACUGGUCGUAGAAAGUAUAAGGCGACAUGGGGUUGUAGUUCGUGUUCUCAGCACUGGAAUACUUGU